AUGAGCUUUGCCACCUUCGUUCUCGCCAUCCUGGCUGUCACCGGCGUCGCUCGCGCAGCGGCCGGUGUAUCGCUUGACCCAGUCCAGCCCGUUCUGCUGCCGGACGGCGCCUAUGCGAAGAACCCGCUUUCGCAUCUUGGCGAUGUCAAUGGCAUUUCCUCCGCCAUCCCGGAGAACUGUCACGUCGACCAAGCCGCCUAUGUUCUCCGCCACGGCUCGCGCUUCCCUGACACGGGCGCCCACAACGGCUGGCUUGAGAUGGCUCGCCGUUUCAAGGAGAGCAGCUACAAGGCCACCGGCCCAUUGUCGUUCUUUCACACGUGGGACACGCCGCUCACGCGUCCCGACAAUCAGAUCGCCCAGCUCAGCAAGACGGGCUACAAGGAGCUCUACGACUUGGGCUACACGCUGCGCACGCGCUACCCGGACCUCUACGACGAGGGCGACGAGUUCUUCGUCUGGGCCAAUAACUACCCGCGCGUCCUUCAGACGGCGCAGCUGUUCGUUCGCGGCUACCUCGGCCCCAACUCGACCCUGCUCGGCAACGUCGUCUCCGUCACCGGACGCGGCGUGCCCGCCCACCUCGGCGACACGCUCGCGCCCUCGGACAUGUGCCCGGCCUUCAAGGACGACAGCAGCAAGCAGACGAACGCGUGGCGCUCCCUCUGGCUGCCGCCCUUCAUCGAGCGCCUCUCGCAGUACAUCUACGGCGACCUGGUCCUCGACGACAGCCACUGGAACGACUUCCCCUACAUCUGCGGCUUCGAGUCCCAGAUCACCGGCCGGCUGUCGCCCUUCUGCGACACGUUCACCCAGGAGGAGCUCGAGCAGUACGAGUACCACCAGGACCUGCGCUACUACUACGGCGUCGGCCCCGCCGUCGACGUCGCCUCCAAGAUGAUGACGCCCUUCCUCAACAGCCUCGUCCGGCUCCUCGCCAAGGGCCCCGCCGUAGCCGGCGUCCGCGCCGACGGCACGCCCUUCACCCUGCCCAGGCUCCUCAUGAGCUUCCUCAACGACGGCCAGCUCAACCAGCUCGCCGCCGCCCUCGGCGUCUUCGACGGCCAGAACCCCCUGCCCACGGACCGCAUCCCCAGCGACCGUCUCUGGCGCAGCUCCCGCAUCUCCCCGAUGCGCGGCACCAUUGCCUUGCAGCGCCUCAGCUGCCGCGUGAACGGGCCCGUCCCAGCGACGACGACGACGACGACGACGCGAAGCUGCGUGCCGCGCCCGACGGCCGCCGCGCGCGGUGGCACCAGCGCGCGCAACGAGACGUACAUCCGCAUCCGCAUCAACGAGGCCGUGUACCCCGUGCCCUCGUGCCAGGACGGACCCGGCAAGUCAUGCGCCGUCGCCAGGUACGCCAAGUUCGUGGCCGACGCGCGUGAGCGGAACGGCGACUUUGCCAGGCUCUGCAAUGCCACGGACCCGGCGACGCCGAAGAAGGUCAAGGGCGCCAGUUUCUUCACGGACCUGGGGAAGGAUCACCUGCAGAUUGUGAAGCCGUAG